GUUGAGUAGUGAGGAACAGAGGAGCCACUGAUGUAUUCGUGUUUGAGUUCUUCAUCGGCCAGAAUCUCUCUAAUUUUCCACAAAUUAUCAAACUUUAGACGUUUUUCUCACAUGGGUUUCUCUAGUUUUAGCAGAGAAAAGAAUUUACACACUUCUCGCAGCCAAAAUGAACCUCUGCAGAAGCAGAACACACAAACCUCCGGUUCAGAAAUGGAGAAGAGCAUAUACGCAAUUCUUACUAUAGACCGUUGGGAGUCACUGAACCAUAUGGAGUAUAGGUUGGCUUCACUUAGACCUGUUCAUGGAAGGCUGGCCUUGAAAUUCUUCAACUGGGUCAUCAAGCAACCUGGUUUGGAACUCAACCAUCUUACCCAUGUACUCUGCAUCACAACCCAUGUACUUGUUAGAGCUAGAAUGUAUGACCCUGCAAAAUCAACUUUGAGGCACAUAUCACGAAUGGGUAUUGGGCCAAAUUCUGUUUUUGAUGCUUUUAUGAAUACAUACCCUCUUUGCAAUUCAAGUCCUGCAGUUUUUGACCUUCUAAUUAGGGUGUAUGUUAGAGAAGGGAUGGUUGGAGAUGCUGUGGAAACUUUCUAUUUGAUGGGUUCUCGAGGAUUUAGGCCGUCAAUUUUUACCUGUAAUAUGAUUCUAGCUUCUAUGGUGAAAGAUCGGGGAGCUGGGUCGGUUUGGUCUUUUUUCAAGGAAAUGCUUAGCAGGGAGGUUUGUCCUAAUGUAGCUACUUUUAAUAUAUUGCUAAAUUGUUUAUGUGUGGAAGGGAAGCUUAAAAAAGCCGGUUAUCUGUUAAGAAAGAUGGAAGAGAGUGGUUAUAUUCCAACCAUAGUUACUUACAAUACUUUGCUGAAUUGGUAUUGCAAGAAGGGGAGAUACAAAGCGGCAUUUGAGCUGAUUGAUCACAUGGGAUCUAAGGGUAUUGAAGCAGAUGUAUGUACAUAUAAUAUGUUGAUUGAUGAUCUGUGUAGAAACAACAGGAGUGCGAAAGCUUAUUUACUGCUAAAAAAGAUGAGGAAAAAGAUGUUAUUUCCUAAUGAAGUGACCUAUAAUACUCUGAUCAAUGGGUUUGUUAAGGAGGGAAAGAUUGAAGUUGCUACUCGGCUUUUGGAUGAGAUGUCAUUGCUUAAUAUUUCACCAAACUGUAUUACUUACAAUGCUUUGGUCGAUGGGCACUGUAGCAGGGGUAAUUUUGAAGGAGCAUUUAGACUUUUGGAUAUGAUGGAAGAGGGAGGAAUGCGACCUAAUGAUGUCAGUUAUGGGACUCUUUUAAAUGGGCUGUGCAAGCAUGCCAAGUUUGACUUAGCGAGCAGCAUCCUGGAGAGAAUGAGGAUGAAAGGGAUGGUGGUUAGUUGUAUUGCAUACACAGUAAUGAUUGAUGGAUUAUGCAAAAAGGGGUUGCUUGAUGAAGCUGUGCAGUUGCUCUAUAAGAUGUGCACAGAUUGUGUCAAUCCUGAUGUUGUCACAUUUUCAGUGCUCAUAAACGGAUUUUGCAGUCUCGGGAAGAUAAAAAGUGCAAAGGAGAUAAUAUGCAAAAUGUAUAAAGCUGGACUUGUACCAAACAAUAUCAUAUACUCUACAUUAGUUUAUAAUUCUUGCAAGACGGGGAACAUUGCAGAGGCAUUUAAAGUCUAUGCAGCUAUGAUUCGCAACGGGCAUGAAGUGGACCAUUUCACAUGUAACGUGUUGGUUACUUCUUUAUGUGGGGUUGGAGAACUCGUAGAAGCAGAAAAUUUCAUGCAUCACAUGAGUAGAAUUGGCCUUGGUCCUAACUCUGUAACUUUUGAUUGUAUUAUAGAUGGCUACGGAAAUUUGGGUGAUGGGUUAAAAGCAUUUUCAUUGCUUGAUGAAAUGAUUAGAUUAGGUCAUCACCCAAGUCCUUUCACAUAUGGGAGUUUACUGAAAGGGCUAUGCAAGGGGGGAAAUCUGGGGGAGGCAAAGAAGUUUUUGAAUAAACUCAACUGCAUUCCCUCUGUGGUAGAUACUGUUCUCUACAAUACAAUACUUGCUGAGACAUGUAAAUUGGGGAAUUUGUCAGAGGCAGUGGUCCUUCUUGAUGAGAUGAUCCAGAAUGGUGUGCUACCUGACAGUCAUACAUACACUAUCCUUCUUUCUGGGUUCUGCAGGAAAGGCAAAUUGGUUGCAGCUAUCCUCUUGUUGGAAAAGUUGUUGCAAAAUGAAACUCUAUCUCCAAAUCUGGUACUGUAUUCCUGUUUAGUUGACGGCCUUUUCAAGGCCGGACAAUCAAAGGCAGCCUUAUAUCUUUAUGAAGAGAUGGAGAACAAAGGUCUGAGCCCUGAUACUAUUGCACUUAAUGCAGUUUUAGAUGGAUACUCAAGGAUGGGAAAACUGGUGCAGGCAAAUGAUGUCUUUUCUACUAUGAGGAGCAAAAGUUUGAGGCCUAACUUGUCUACAUAUAAUAUUCUCUUGCAUGGAUAUUCAAAGAAACGGAUUUUAUUGACAUGCUCUAGAUUGUAUAGUGCUAUGACCAGGGCAGGUUUUCUGCCUGAUAAAUUAACAUGCCAUUCUCUUAUUCUUGGACUUUGUGAGUCUGGUAUGUUGGACAUUGGUAUCAAAAUGUUGAAAAAAAUGACAAUGGAAGGUGUUAUAGCUGAUCAGUUUACAUUUAACAUGCUUAUUACCAAGUGUUGUGAAACUGGUGAGAUGGGGAAGGCAUUUGAUCUGAUUAAUAUUAUGAAUGUUUUUGGAGUUAUUUCUGAUGUAGAUACGCAAAAUGCGAUCUUUAACGGACUGGUUAGAAAUUUAUCUUUCCAAGAUUCCCAUAUUUUUUUGCAUGACAUGUUGGAAAAGGGGUUCAUCCCUAGGUGUAAGCAGUAUAUCACUCUAAUUAAUGGUAUGUGUAGAGUGGGAGAUAUAAAAGGAGCAUUCAAGCUUAAAGACGAGAUGGGAGCACUAGGUAUCAGUUCCUGUGAUGUUGCUGAGAGUGCUAUGGUUAGAGGGCUUGCACGAUGUGGGAAAAUUGAAGAAGCCAUGCUGGUUCUUAAUUGCAUGCUCCAGAUGCAAUUCGUUCCAACUACUGCAACAUUUACAUCUUUGAUGCAUGUGUUCUGCAAGGAUGCUAACCUUACAGAGGCCCUAAAGUUGAGAGGCAUUAUGGAAAAUUGUGGUGUGAAGCUUGAUGUUGCUGCCUAUAAUGUUCUCAUUUCAGGACUAUGUGCUAAUGGUGAUGUUGUGCCUGCAUUUGAACUUUAUGAAGAGAUGAAACAAAAAGGUCUAUGGCACAACACCACCACCUAUACUGUUCUUCUCGAUGCCAUUGUAGCUGAAAAUAAUCUUGUCAAGGGAGAGAUGCUUUUGAAGGACUUGCAGGAAAGGGGAUGGAUAUCUUGGGAUUGGGGUCGAAGUACACAACAAUUAAAUGAGGGAUUGAUCAUUGCUAUGGAAAAAAUAAGUUCGUUGAAGAAAAACAGAAGGAAGCCAAAAAGAAGUAGGAAAACAAUGUAAUCUGAGUUGGUACACGAGAAAUAACCUUUCUUUUGGAGGUCUGGGAGAUAACGCUGACUUUGGACUUCCAUUACAAUUGCAGUUGUUAUACUCAUGAUACUGGUGAUAUGCACUAUACUUCAUGCUUGAAUAUCAUGGGAAAUAUAAUACAACCUGCGUUUGAUGAUAGAGAGGGUUUUACUCUUUGAUGUGUUAUGUUGGUUGUUGAAGCAUUUAGAUACCGUCACAUAAGAUCAACAUUUGAGCUGAAUCUGUUAUUGCCAACAUAAGUUGUGUGACUUUCACUGGUUAUGUUGCUCAAAGAAAGUGCAAAACACAGCUAGCAUUUUGUGAGGAAUGGAGGAUGAAAAGCCGCUUUUGGUCAUCAAAAAGUUAUCAUCGUAAAGCUGAAGUUUUAAGUCUCAAUUGAGGUUACUUUCUGAUUGCAAGUUCCACUAAAACCUGAUGAAGGUAUUCAGACAGGAUAUUAAACUUACUUCCAAAGAAUAUUCCAAAGAAUAUAUCAAAUUUCCUUUUUUCAGAUGUUAUGUGAAGGAAUGUGGAACUAGAAGAUGGAGCCACAGCAGCCAGUGUCAAGCAAUAAGGAGACAUUUCUUCACAUGCUGCUUGGGGGAAUUCACUGGGAGGUUCAGGAUUUUUGUGAGCACUGAGCUCUGCAAUGCUGUCCAUUGGUUGGAAGGUAUUUUGGGAAGACCAAGAUUGCUUGCAGUAUAGAUAGCAGCCCAAAAGAGGUGGAUGAAGCAACUUGAUGGUAAAAGAAGUUGGCCCUACGAGGGAACCAGAAUAGUGGUGUGUCUAAAAUUUAAUGUUAUUAUUAAUAAAGCUGGCUUGUGUAGUGAGCAUUAGGCCCCCAAUGUGUUGAAUCUGCACCCUGUAAUGGAGGCAGGAACUUGGCUGUCUGUCAUAGAACUUAUCCAGGGGUUCCCUUUUACAAAAUAAAAUAAUGAAAAUAUAAUGCAU